AUGGAUCACCUAUCUCGUUCCGGCAGCCGUCACACUCCACCACCCACCGGUAAACAACCUCUCCCCCGCCUUAUACGUUCAAGAAGCGAAAAUCCACCCACAUCUCCAACGAAAUCUCGCUCAAAAUCAACUACGAAAACAAGAAGUUAUAGGGAGCAAGAAGUGAAUAAGUUAACUAUUCACAUUCCUAGUCCAAUGACUACUAUCAACACCGGCCUUACUAGCCCGGCUACCAAAAAGAAAGCAAUAACUUUGCCACGAAAAAAACCUACUUCGCCUUCUGCUUGGGCAUUGUCACCUGGGAGAGUUGCGCCAUUUCCUACACCCAUCCAGGCAAAGGCACCAAGUCCUGCUAGCAAGACUGGUGGUGAACGCACCAGUGGUGGUGGAAUAAGUGGAGUUUUAAAGUAUUUUAGGCAGAGGAAAACGACAUCUUUGGAAGAAGCAGAUCACCAUAGUUUUAAAGUGAUGAAUAACCGAUUAUUGCAAUGGAGGUUCGCAAAUGCUCGAGCUGAAGCCACUAUGUCCACCGUGAAAACAGUGGCAGAGAGGAAAGUGUUUAAUGCAUGGCUCAAGAUACUUGCUAUACAAAAUUCAAAUAUGUCGAAGCAGAUGGAAAUACAAAAGCUCAAAAACAACAUCAAGUUAUAUCAUAUCAUGAAUUCUCAGCUAUUCCUGCUAGAAAAGUGGUCAAGAAUGGAAGCUAAAAACUUUGAAGCCGUUGGUCGAAUGGUUAGAAAAUUGUCUGUGGCAUCAAUCAAUAUCCCUUUGGUCCAUGAUUGUAAGGGAGAUGUUUUAGAAGUGUCAAAUGUGUUGGACACGGCCACGAUACUCUUGGAAGAUAUAGAAUCCACGAUCUCAGCGUCAUCUUAUCAGGCAGAGAAGUCAUGUUAUCUGCUAACAGAGCUUUCUAUCAUAGCUAAGCAAGAAAAAGAAUCCUUAGCAGAGUUACAGACAUGGAUGACUGUCGUCGAGUCACUGAAGGAAAAAGAAAGAAGUUUGAGAGCUCAUUUAAUCCAAGCAUACUAA